UUUCAAAUCACUAAUUAUUGAUGUAUAUUUGAAAUUUACCAAUAAUUGUAUUUGAAAUUCACUCAUGUAUCUGGUACAAAUCCAAAUACCAUAUUUAAUUAGUAUCCAAACAAAACACUUCAGUAUUUGGAAUUCCAAAUCUCAAAUACCAACUCUAAACCCCCCUAUCCAAACAACACCCUCAAAGAGAGAUAUAUAGUAUUAGUAUUGAUAGACGAAUAAUCACUUAUAACAUAUACUUCAUUUUAUAAAUAUUUUUGCAACCACAAAUUCAACUGCGAUUAUUUAGCUAUUGGCUAGCCAAUUGGCAAUUACACAAUUUGAUUCAUAAAUAGUCAAUGCAAUAGAAAAAGGAAGAAAAAUAAAUAUAUUCUUAGGGGUAAACAAAGAAAUAGACAUGUCAGGCAUCCAUCUUUCAGUACUCUUACCUAAAUCCCGAGUCUUUUGAAAGCACAUCAAGAGAUAUGCAUGUUCCAUUUGUAGGACCAUGAAAUCUCCUCUUUCAUGUGCUUUCCUUGUAUGUAUUAUAUAUGUACCGUCUCUCCUCACCUGCUUUCAGAUUCCUUUGGGCACCCACCAUGAUCGACGAUGAAGAAGAAGAAGAAGAAGAACAUGUGAUAAACUCUGAGAUCCAUUUCAUCUCACCUUUUCCAGCUUCUCACCUCAAUUAUUUGCUUGCUUCUGAUAUGGAGGGAAGGGUCUAAACAAGUGUCAAGGAGAAAGCCGAAAAAACGAUUUAUUAUUUGAAUAUAGGUCCAGACAACUCGAGUUACUGGAUUGGAUUAAUUUUCGAAGGCUGCAUGGAGAAAGUUGAAAAAUGAUAUUCUCGUAGAUGAAUCGAACUGCACCUCGCGGUUAACAUUUACACAGAGGGAGGUUGGUGUUGACAUCUUCUUUGACAUUGUUUGUUGUUUUGCCCGUCAGCAUUUUCAACAUCGACAAAGUCCUCUAAUCAAGGUUGUCAACCCCGCGGGUUGACCCGUACACGGUCGAGCUAGUGGGUCAAGGGUUAACGGGUUACCCGUUUUAGCCCGUAAAUAUGAGAAGAGUCAUUAUAUUGUACUUAUCCUCAUAAAUUAUAUCAAAUCUCAUCUAACAUAUGAGUAAUAACAUAUAACGUUGCACCAAAGUAACAUGUCGUACUUAGAUCCAACAUAUAGUGAAAAUUCACACACACUUAUAUAACAUUAAUAUUCAAAUGUUCAACUAAGGUUUCCAAAGAUUGAGUUAGGCGGAAAAAAAUCGCUAAAUAAACGCAUUUCAUAAACCAAAGAAAAAAAAUGACACAAUUUGACCUCCAACCCGGUACCUUGUAGCGGUCGACUCGACGAGUGCGUUUGACCCAUUUUUCUUACUGGAUCAGGGUCAAAGUGAAUUGGCCCGCGGGUUGACAACCUUGCCUCUAAUCGAUGCCUCGUCCUUGAACCCAAACCCCACCUUAGCCCUCUUGUCCCCUGCCUUGUCUUAACCUGAUGGUCCAAGAAUUAGUAUUUUCUAGGUCAUGAACGUAGGCCUGCGGACAUCAACAAGACGAUCCGGCCCAGUACUAUGGACAGCAACAAAGACAAUCCGGCCCAGUACUGUGUGGACAGUAACACACUGUAAUCCGGCCCAAAAUGUGGCGCCUUUCCCCAUCUCUGAUUUCCGAACGCAAAAUCAUUCCCCCGAGCAGCAGCUCGAAAGCUCGGCUUAUCUGACCGAAGAUGUCGUCAGCCAGAAUCCAACCGUCGGUGGCCGCUGCAGCUGCCUCUGCGCUCUCCUCCACCGUCAAACACAGCUUCAGCUUCAAGUUCCCUUUUCCCGCCACCGCCACUCCGGUCGUUUCCAGACGAUGCGGAAUUCGGAGAACCCUCACCGUAGCUAUGUCUACUGUAGCGUCGAACCCUCUCCAAGUCUGCGUGAAGGCGUCCAUCACCGUGCCGGACAAGCUUGGCGACUGCCCAUUCUGUCAGAGGGUAUUGCUGACCAUGGAGGAAAAGAAUCUUCCUUAUGACAUGAAGUUGGUAGAUUUGAGCAACAAGCCAGAAUGGUUCUUGAAGCUAAGUCCAGAGGGUAAAGUCCCUGUGGUAAACUUCGACGAUAAAUGGGUUCCGGAUUCAGAUGUAAUUACCCAGUCGUUAGAAGAGAAAUUCCCUGAUCCACCAUUGGCAGCACCACCUGAGAAAUCUUCUGUUGGCUCAAAGAUAUUCUCCACCUUCAUUGGAUUCCUUAAAAGCAAAGACCCUGGAGAUGGAACAGAGCAGGCAUUACUGAAUGAGCUAACUUCUUUUGACGAAUAUAUCAAAGACAAUGGUCCUUACAUCAACGGGGAAAAGGUGUCUGCAGCUGAUCUGUCCCUCGGCCCGAAGCUAUAUCAUUUAGAGAUUGCUUUGAGUCAUUAUAAAAGUUGGUCUGUUCCAGACUCGUUGCCUCACGUCAGGUCUUACAUGCAGGCAAUUUUCACCAUGGAUUCCUUUGUCAAAACACGGGCACUGCAGGAAGAUGUUAUUGCUGGUUGGCGGCCGAAAGUCUUUGGUUGAAGGAGACAUCAGAUGUGGAAACUGCCAUCGGUUUGUCAAUAAAUGGUGAGAGAGAGAGAGAGAGAGAGAGAGAGUAUGAAAUAUUUAGCAAGUGUUGUCAAACGUGGACUAUGGUGCAUUGAUGCUGACAAUUCGUGUUGAAUACUUCGCUUCAAUUUGCUCCAUGCACUAAUAUAUAAAAUGGGUGACUGAAAUGUGUAAUUUAAUUGCCGGGUGUGGAGUGGUAAUAAAAUGGUCACAGAUCUUUAAAACGUGACAUAUUGGCCAUAGAUCGUAGCACGAAGGAAUGAGGGAUGAUAAUUCUCUACACUUACCGUCGAUUGUUUAGUCAAAGCUGCCUAUUUAGAUUUGAUUACUUGGCAAAAACUAUAAAUUAAAACAUAACAUAGAGGGACUCAAGUCGGAGAAUUUGGUUAAUCGCUUUAGGAAAUCGGUCGACCGUCAAGAGUAAAAAAUGGAUUGCUUCCGCAAAAUGAUUGAUUGCUUGAGUAAAACGAAAGAUAUGACAUACCCUGUGUAAAAAAAAGGAUAUCUAAAUGUUGAGUUGAUCGGAUUUUGAGACUUGAUAUUGUACCAUAACAAUUAAAGCUUAAACGCUAGGUCUUAAUUUUAUAAAUCUCACAUGCUAAGAUUUAUUUAAUUUGAAACUAUAAUCGAUGGUCAUGAUUCGUCAAAAUACAUCCAACAAAUUAUAUGCACCAUCUUUGUGUUUAGGGUCUAUGAUUUAGAAUAUAUAUCAUGCCCCAAAUUUUGAUUAAUUUGAGGUCUACAUACCAUUUUCAUACCAAGGGUAUGUGGUACUCUAGAUUUACCUUGGGGAACCAUCUACUGUACUCCAAUGUUCGGUCAAUUCAAAGUCUAGAUAACAUUUUUUUACACCGGAUAUGCGGUACCUCCAAAUUUAUCAUGGAUACGAUGACACUCCCCACCUAUAAAAUGUCUCAAUGCUUGAGUAUGCCGUACUCCAAAGGAUUUAAUCACUGGAUGUACUUUGUUGCAUUUUGAAGACUCAAAAUCAUCGAUUUUUUUUUUAUUAAAUUGAUAAUCAAGUU